GGGUCCAAUAGCGGGUGAAGGAAUCUAGCGAUAUAGAGUGUCCCUAACAAUCAUUCCGGCAUCAGUAUUAAGCAACAACAAAGCCGCGAAUCCCCCAAAAGCAGAUCAAUAUCAACUGUGUCCACAUUCUGACACAUUUUGAAAAUUUAUCUUUCUCAUCCCAAUACCAUCGGCGGAUGAUAGGAUAUUGGUAAUUCGCGACUACGCGACUCCCAUAAACACCCUUUGAAGAUACCCUUUUCGGGGUUGUCUAUUACAAAUUGGAACGAACACCAAGGGCUGAUUAUUGACAAUGCGGUCUCUUACUUCCAGGACCAGUUCGGCCUUGCUGACAGUAUGGGGAUUGUUAUCCGUAUCGUUGAUGCCCUCGCUGGGCCAAGCAGAUAAAACUGCCGGGGAUUAUUUUGUCCAUUCGCUGCCGGGCGCUCCGCCUGGACCCUUACUCAAGAUGCAUGCUGGACACAUCGAAGUCACCCCUGAUCACCACGGAAACAUAUUCUUUUGGCAUUUUCAGAAUAGACACAUUGCGAACAGACAGCGCACCGUAAUUUGGCUGAACGGAGGUCCAGGUUGCAGUUCUGAAGAUGGAGCUUUAAUGGAAAUUGGUCCUUACAGAGUAAAGGAUGGAUCGAACGGACCAAAACUCGAAUACAAUCCAGGUUCUUGGGAUGAAUUCGCGAAUGUUAUGUUCGUAGACAAUCCAGUGGGAACAGGAUUUAGUUUCGUGGACUCGGACAGCUACGUUCAUGAUUUGCCCGAGAUGGCAGAUCAAUUCGUUCAAUUCUUAGAGAAAUGGUUUGCGCUAUUCCCAGAGUAUGAGCAUGAUGACUUAUAUAUUGCGGGAGAAUCUUAUGCAGGACAGCACAUUCCAUACAUUACAAAAGCUAUCCUAGAACGAAACAAGAAACCCGAUGUAAAACAUCAGUGGCCAAUGAAGGGAAUGAUAAUUGGUAAUGGAUGGAUUUCACCGGCUGAACAAUACAUGGCCUAUCUUCCAUUUGCAUACGAGAAGGGGCUGGUCAAAAAGGACAGCGAAAAAGCAAAGAAAUUAGAGUCUCAACAAGCCAUUUGCACCAAAUUAUUGAAUGAGAACGGCGGAAGAGACAGGGUCGAUAACGGUCAGUGCGAGCAGAUUUUACAAGACAUUUUGUCGACCACUCAAACCAAGGGCUCAGAUGGCAACAUGCAAUGCUAUAACAUGUACGAUGUGAGGUUGAAGGACUCAUACCCAAGUUGUGGUAUGAACUGGCCUCCCGAUUUGGUUAAUGUUACACCUUAUCUUCGCCGAACGGACGUGGUUGCAGCUCUCCAUAUUUCACCUGAAAAGAGGACUGGGUGGACUGAGUGUAACGGUGCUGUUGGCAGCGCUUUCAGAGCUACACACUCAAAACCUUCCAUUCAAAUUUUGCCUGACCUUCUCAAAGAAGUCCCUACAAUACUAUUUUCCGGUGCUGAGGAUUUGAUUUGCAACCACAUAGGCACUGAAGAAAUGAUUAGCAAUAUGGAGUGGAACGGCGGAAAAGGAUUCGAACUUGGUUCCGGAACAUGGGCACCACGCCGGGACUGGGAAUUUGAAGGCGAGGCAGCGGGUUUCUGGCAAGAGGCACGCAAUUUGACUUAUGUCCUCUUCUACAAUUCGUCUCACAUGGUGCCCUUCGAUUAUGCACGACGCACCCGAGACAUGCUUGACAGAUUCAUGCAAGUAGACAUUGCUAGCAUUGGUGGCGCUCCAACCGAUAGUCGUAUCGACGGCGAGAAGGGCCUGGAGACAUCCGUAGGUGGUCAUCCUAACAGUACUGCUGCUGCCGAAGCCGAAGAAGAGCGUUUGGAAGCCGCGAAAUGGAACGCCUACUACAAAUCCGGUGAGAUUGUCCUUGUGAUCGUCAUCAUUGCCGCUUCAGCAUGGGGCUAUUAUAUCUGGCGUGAACGACGCCAACGCGCUGGCUACGCUGGAAUAUUCGGAGGUGACACUCCUAUGGCUUUGGCGGGCGCGAGAAGCGGUCCUAGAGGCGCAGCAGGUCUUGAGAAUUUCCGCAAUAAACGAACAGCGAGGGAUGUGGAGGCAGCCGAUUUUGAUGAAAGUGAAUUGGAUGAACUGCAUGUGAAGUCACCUACGGAUGAUAUGGAUAGAGAUAGAUACAGCGUUGGAAGUGCAAGUGAUGAUGAAGGCGCUACAAGGAGGAAUGGCAAGGGCAAGGAAAAGAGUUACUCAUAGUCUAUUGCACGUAUGACGAGUUGGAGGAUUGGCAAGUCAGAUUUUUUCUUUUAGCCGUGUGAGCAUUAGUAUGGGCGCCUUUUGGGAUUUGGACAAUCAACGCUAUGGGUAUGUUUCUAUCACUGUUCUAGACUUGGUCCGCAUGGACUGCAUUGUGGGAACUGGGGGAGUUCAAUGGAAAUGGAAAUGAAAGUAUCGAUGCAUUGUAAGACAUUCGGUUCUAUCGCACUCGUGUAUCGUAUCAUUGUGUUGAAUUUUGGGAGGAGUGCA